AUGUCAAGUAAAACACUCAAUAAUACCAAAGGAGAGCAGCUUACCAUCUUGCGUAUUAAGCGUAAAAGAACGGAAGAGCCUUUAGAUGCAUUGCUGGUUCAUCAAGAAAACGAAAAACGCAUAAAGAAGAAUAACGAAAAGCAAAAGAGCGUCUUGAGUGUAUCUGCUACUGCUCUUCCUACCUUAUUUCGUCUCGCCGAAACUGUGGAGCAGAAGAGUUUUUCAAAUCUGGAUGAGGCAAAGAAGCUCAAGGAUCGUAUCUCGAGACGUAUUCAGCCCGGCACAAGUAGACCACAGACGCCUACUUCCAUUGAAGAUCGAAAGGACCGUCUCGUCAGAGAACAAAAGGAUGCAUCGCAUAAAGCAAGAUAUAGAGUCAUUCAGCAAAACAGAUCCAAGGUGGAUGAGGAUGCUCCCCCAGUUGUACAAAGCUCCUCCGAGAAAGCAGCAAAGGACUUGUUUCAAAUGUACGAAGCAGUGAAAGACGAAGACACUUCAAAACAAGCAAAAUUGUUUGUGGAUGAUGACAUUGAAGAUCCUGAUGAUAUAAUGUGCAACUUUAUCCCUAUGGUGAAGGAGUACCUGACACUACAAGAGAAGGAAGAAGAUAAGGAAGACGAUUAUGUAUACGAUGUUUAUUAUAGAGAUGAUGAAAAUAUUGAACAAAGCAUGACCUCUAUGAAUGUCGGUUCGCUGGUUUGGUUUGACGAACAAUCCGAGUAUUUGGAUGAUGAUUCGGACAGCGAGCUUGGAGACUAUGCGGAUGAAGACUCUAAUGCUGAGGACUAUUAUCAAAAUGAUUACCCCGAAGAGGAGGACAGCGAUGAAUUUGAAGAUCAGCACGAUUAUGAUCUGUCGAGUGACGAUGAAGAUUACGUCUUGUAA